AUGUCCAACAGCAUCCAACCUACAGAUAUAGAACCUGGCGACUCCUCCGGUGGCGCAACCUUAACACAACAGAAGACAAACCUGUCCUACAGCUACGACAACAGAAAGGGGUGGAGACGAUGGAGAGUCUUUCACCCUGGUAGAGGAAUGUAUCACGAUGUCAAACGUCGUCUUCCAUAUUACUGGAGCGACAUCACAGAUGCUUUUACCUAUCGUGUGGUUGCCAGUACCAUUCGCAUGUACUUUGUCAAUCUUCUUCCAGCUAUUGCAUACACACUCGACAUGUACCGACGAACAGGGCAGUUCUAUGGUAUCAACGAAGCUUUAUUCUCCUCAGCACUAGCAGCGGUAGUAUUCAGUCUUCUGAGUACACAGCCUCUUACUAUCGUUGGCGUUACAGGUCUUAUAUCUUUGUUCAACUUUACCAUAUACGACAUCAUCAGCAUCUAUGAUGUCUCGAUCUAUCCCCAGUUCAUGGCAUGGACUGGUAUCUGGGCAGCCAUCUUCCACUGGCUUGUUGCUAUUUUCAACACGUGUGAUUACAUGCGUUAUGUCACUGACUUUUCAAGUGAGGCAUUCGGGAUGUACGUUGGAAUUAUUUACAUCAUCAAAGGAGUGGAAGAGCUAGUCAACGAGUUCGACCAACAAGGACCCGCGUCUGGAUUUCUCGCCUGUAUCAUCGCUAUUCUCUACUUUGGGACAGUUUAUGGUCUGGAGAAGCUGGGCUCCAGUACUGUCUGGAAACCAGGAGUCCGGACUAUUCUUGCUGAUUAUGCUUAUGUGGUGCGUUUCAACUUUGACCUGACACAAAGACAUGCUAACAGUCAGCAGUUUGGAACCCUCUUCUGGGUCGGCUUCUCUCACUUCCCUGGCAGACUCGAGGCAACACACAUAGAACGCGUACCUGUCACCAAGGCCUUCUUCCCAACACAGCCCAGAGACUGGCUUAUCGACUUUUGGAACUUGGAUACCAAAUGGGUGUUUGUCGCUCUACCAUUCGGGUUCUUGACUAUGCUUUUGUUCUAUUAUGACCAUAACGUCAGUAGUAUAACUGCACAAGCCCGGCAAUACCCGCUCAAGAAACCCGGUGGUUUUCACUGGGACUUCUUCCUCCUCGGCUGCACAACAUUUGUCUCAGGGAUUCUUGGACUUCCAAUGCCUAAUGGCUUGGUACCACAAGCGCCUGUCCAUACAGACUCCCUUACUGUAUAUGAAACAGACCUCAAAGUCAUUCCAACAUCUGAAGGCGAAGACACCGAGAUUCGUCGGCCUGUUCUAAGAGCCGCAGCUGUAGUUGAGCAGCGAGUUUCACAUUUCCUUAUGGGCCUUGGGUUGGUUGGUACAAUGACGGGUCCCCUUCUUGUGGUUCUGCACACCAUGCCUUCUGCCGUAUUUGCAGGUGUGUUCUUUGUUGUUGGUUGGGGCUCGAUUGAAUCAAAUGGUAUCCUUCAAAAGUUUAUCUAUCUCCAGUCCGAAGAACGCUUUAUUCAGCGUGACGAGCCACUUCUUCGCAUCAGAAGACGUAAGAUCAUUCUUUUUAUCAGCAUUCAGCUCAUUGGUGUAUUUGCCUGUGUAGCUGUGUCACAUACUCUCGCAGCCAUUGCCUUUCCUGUAUUGGUUAUCUUGUUGAUACCUCUACGUAUUGUCAUCGUGCCUCGCUGGUUCAGCCUACAGGAACUCCAGAUCCUUGAUGACUUUACUGCGACUAACAAGGCCGUCCUUGCCAGCUUGGGUGGUCAACCUGUGCUUCCAGAGCAUUCGAAGGAGGAAGAUUGGGGAGUUGAGAGGAGACAUAGUGAGAGCCAGCAUGGCGCUGCUCGUCAGCGAGCGGGAAGCAUUCAUCGAUAG